AUGGGUGACCGAGACGUGACUGAGGUUAAAGGGCAUCUUGCAAAGGUGUACUCAGAGUUAGACGAAAUCAAUGCACAGGAGAAGAUGAAGUUAGAAGAACUAGCUAAGAUGACAACAUUACAUACGGCAGAGCUAGAAGAAGCGAGGAGUGAAAUUCACGCAAUCCGUUCCACGCCAGGUUAUGCCGUUGGAAAUGAGCAACCUGAUGAGAGGAUUACCGAGGAGGACAGGGGUGGUGCUGUAGCUAUUUGUGGUGCUGAUGCUGGUAAUGGUGAUGAGGAUAUGGAGGAUCAGAAUCAAGACGGAAAUGCUGAUGCUGAGGAUGAAGAUGAUGAGGACGAGGACUACGACGAUGAAGAUGAUGAGGACUACGACGCUGAAUAUGCUGAGAAUGAGGAAGAUUCAGAAGAUGAAGAUGAUGAGGAUGAGGAAGAUGCAGAAUGA